UGCCCAAUAAUUCUCUCCCAAAAAGCUCUGGAUCGUCUGUUUAUCCAACUGGAGGAGGGAAACGAGCCUAGGUAGUGAAGCUGAGAGAAGCAGAGGGAGGAACGCCAGUGCUGGGAGCUUGAGGGAGCUGGACUGCCUUGGUGACCAUGCACUGCAGUGGUCCCACUUUACUGUUGCUGCUACCUCUUUGGCUGCUGGGGGACUUGCAGGAGGUGGCAGGGCAGGAGAGGGGGUACAUGCAGGAGGCUCUCAAGGCCUUGAAUCUUCCUCUGGGUACCAAUGAAGAGCCAAAGCUCCUCAAGAACUACACCAGUAUCCUGAUCAACAGACUCCUCUGGCAAGUGCACUGUGCAGAGCAGACCGGUACCACCCAGGACUUCUGCGAAAAAUGCCUGACACCAGAUGUUGCUCUCUCUGUACUGGAGAACAAUCAAAAGACUUACCUCACCCUGGAGGACUUUCAGAAGAUCUCAACUCUUCUGCUGUACUACAUAAUUAACUUGCGAGAUCUCUGUGUGUCAAAUGCCGCGUCUCCUUCCUUGCCAUUCCCCUCUUCUUCAUCUGGAAACUUCCAGCAUUAUCUUUUGGCUCUCACCAAUCUACACCCCACUGAGGACAACAGUUUCCUAUCAACCAGUGAAACAGAAAGUAUCCUGCAGAUUAUCAACCAGCACUAUGACCCCUCCUACCAAGAUACUUCUUCAGAUUACCAAUGUAUUGAUGCAGUUCGCCUCUUCAAAGAUGUAAAAGUACAAGACAAACAAGGAGCUGGUGUGUCUUCUGUGCCCAAAAUGGCAUCAGGGAUCAUCAGUCAUAUCCUGCAAGGCCACUGUUUCAAACCCAAGAACCUUCCAUCUCCAGCUUUCUUUACAGACUACAUCUUCCAGUCAUUAAACCGCACAAGUAACCUGCAGAUAAUAGACUUGGAGGAGUUACUUCAUCUUCUGGGAGUAGGUCGGGGACAAAGUGGACACUCUCAUUCUAGGAAUAAGCGGAGCAUCACAGGGACUGGACACUUAGUGGACGGUUGUAACCAUGAAAAUCAAAAAGGCCAAGACUGGGGACAGGUAUGUUUCUCAGCCAAUCAGCUGGUGGAUAUUUUUGAGCUGAGUCCUACAUCGCCAAUUUCUAAAGAGCACUUCAGACAAAUUUGCCCAGCCAUCAUUCAGCAGUUGCUAGGCAAUGCCUGUGAGACUGGGGCACAAAAAAGAAGAGGAGCCCCACCCACUACUUUUGAGAAGUAUGGCUACAGCACGGCUGCCGUCCUGCUCAUCACUGUCGGCUCUAUGCUCGGUAUCUGCCUGAUCUUCUUCAACUCCUGCCAGGAAACCUACACCCUCAUCCUGCAGCUAUUUGUGGGCCUGGCAGUGGGUACCCUCUCAGGUGAUGCACUCCUCCACCUCAUACCACAGAUUCUUGGCCUUCAUCAUGACUCUCAUGGUGAUGAUGAUGAAAUCCUAACAGAAGGGAACGAGUACCUGUGGAGGAUCCUGGGAAUAAUUGCAGGGAUCUACAGCUUUUUCCUUAUUGAAAGAAUAUUUUCUUUUUUGGCUCCUUCUCAUGGUCAUGGUCAUUCUAGCGACCUUCCCUUACAGCUUAAAUGCAAUGGUCAGACACAGAGGGGCAAGUCAAUCUCCACUAUUCAGCUGGGACCAGUGGAAGACUUGGAUUGUCCAGAAACAUCUCCCGAACGCACAGACACAAGUAGGCCUUCACAUCAGAGUAAACAUGGACGAGGGGUUCCUCUGCUGGCUGUGAUGGUAAUCGUGGGAGACAGCCUUCAUAACUUUGCCGACGGCCUUGUUGUUGGAGCGGCCUUCUCCUCUUCAGCAGAGACUGGCAUGGCAACCACUGUGGCCAUCCUGUGCCACGAGAUCCCGCAUGAGAUGGGGGACUUUGCAGUGUUGCUCAGCUCUGGACUUUCAGUGAAGACUGCUGUGCUGAUGAACUUUCUCAGCGCUUUGACCGCCUUCCUAGGCCUGUACAUCGGACUCUUUGUUUCCUCAGAGAUGGAAGUGCAGCAGUGGAUCUUCACUGUCACUGCUGGGAUUUUUCUGUAUUUGUCACUAGUAGAAAUGCUUCCAGAGAUGAGCCGAGUGAAGACCGACAGACCUUUCCUCAUGUUUGUCCUGCAGAACCUCGGCUUGUUGAUGGGAUGGGCCUGUCUUCUGCUGCUUGCUCUUUUUGAACAUGAACUUAAAUUCUAAAUGCAGUGAAAAUCCUGUGUCUGCUAAUGCAAGACUCAUACGAAAACAUGUUUUCUAUUUUUUUAUUAUCAUUAUCAUUAACCAGCAAAUUACCAAUCCCUGCUCACAUGCAAGUUUUAGUGUGUGCAACCAAGAUGCUAGAAUAAAUCAUUAUCAGUCAACCAGUCAGUAUUUAUAAUGCUGUAGUCUGAGCACUGGAUGACAAGUGAAUGUUAGGUGAAUCAGUCCUCUCGUUUUUAAAUCUCUGAUUUAUUUUUGUAUGUUAAACAUGAGUGCCUCCAUCUAGACAUCAGGAAGUUUAAAGACGCCAUAUAUACAGUAUAUAAAGCUAUAAUAUGACAUUUAUUUCCAGCAUCAGAUGUGCAUUCCUGUUGUGAAGUACAACAUUGAUAUUGCCUUGUACAAUCAAAUCAUUUAAUUUUGAAGUAACUUGUGACUAGCAAAAUAUGAAGUACUGUAAAUCUACAUGUUUGGUUUGCCAUUGUCUUACUACUGAUGAAGCAAUCUUAUGAAUUUGGUAUAUUUUACAGAUUUUUGCCAGGAAGGUGUCCUCAAAGCCGUGAAAUUAGGAUGGUAAUUGUGUUAAACUAGUGGUUUCAAUAAACUAUACCUAA